AAUAGAUAGGUCUUAUUAAAAAAAUAUUAAAGGCGAUUCUUGGGCGGUGGGGGAUUGCCAAAAGUAAUGCACGUAAACAAGUCACAAAAAGACUUGAUCACAAUGGAGAACACUACAACGGCACUUCAGGGUUUAGAGGUCGGAGAUACCGUCGCCUUGUACGUCUGCGGUGAUGCCGCCUGGGAGAUCCGCUGCGGUCCGCUCCAAAACCCUCUUGCCGCACUCCUCGCUGCCGCACAGAACGUCCCCUCUCGCCUGGAGGUCGGUCUCAUCGGCAUCCGCAACUGUUGAGUCGCUGAUGCAACUUCACAGCGCCAUCGCCUCUGUUCGUUUCAGAUCAUUUAUAGCUGUUGAUUCCUCUUCUUGGAGCUGGCUGUCUCAAGAUAAUGGUUUCAUCUCGAAGCUUCAAAACCUGAUCUUGUUGGACAAGGGCCAUGGUUUCACCUCUAAUGCUUGCAUUUGAAGCUGAAGAAACUCGAAACUCUGUUAAUGAAAUUAUUUGGUGAGGCAUUUGGAUUGGAUCAAAAGAAGAUAAAAGUUGAACAUGGCCUUCCAAAAGUUCAAAAGAGAAAAAAAAUCAAGGACAACUGGUAUGCAAACAUGGAUAAAUGAUCCAGAAUGGACCUCCACCACUCAAGUGUGUGAGAUAUGAAUUGAUUAGACUGAGCACUCAUGCAUCCUGGCAGGAUAAAGAAAAAGGCGUGUCUGAGGCCAUCAUUAGCAGCAAAAACGGCAGACAAGGUCCUUGAUUCCAGAUAACUUAUUUUAGCUGGGAAUAUUAUAUGAGAGAUACAAAAA